GCCACUCCAUCCGAGUUCAUUUCUCGGUCGUCCCUCUUGCAAGAAGAUUUAACACACACGCUGGGACGCUUUUCUUAUCGCAAAACGCGCUUUUUUUUCGCUCACCCAGUUGUGGAACUGAACACCACCAUCCACCUUCGAAGCUUUAGCUUGGAACGAAAGUGGUGAGUGCAAGGACUGUAUCGCAUGGUCCCUCGAGCGACAUUUCCAGUGUGGAUUUUCGUGUUUUAGUUGCCGAAUUUGCGAUUAGAGGACGCGCCAUGAAGGCGUGGACUCAGCUACUAGAGCCCGGGCCGGCGAUAGCUACACUUUGCAUCUCAUUUUUACUUGCCACUCAAUGCCAUGCCGCACCGGCACUGCCAGAUUCUGGUGCAGAGCAGAGUACAGAAAUUGAAUACUAUCCAGUUGCAGACGCAACUGGUUGCUACUACAAUUUCCAACACUACGACGAAGGCGACCGAAUCAUCACCAACGAGCCAUGUUUGAACUGCACGUGCCACAACCGAAUGCUCAUGUGCUACUUAAGGGUGUGUCCCUUCACCAAAGCGAUCGGCGCCAACUGCAAGGUGGAGAAAAAGCCUGACCAGUGCUGCCCAGUGAUAACUUGCCCUGAAGUUCCUGUCCAACUAGUCACAUCGACAGCCCCUUCAACAGCUCUGGGACACCUCAAUGAGUAUGGCUGUUCUAUCGACAAUUUGUUCUAUUCGGACGGUGCUCGCGUGCCUUCAAAUCCCGAAAACCCCUGCGAACUUUGCUAUUGUAUUAGAAACAAAACUGCUUGCGUGAUCCAACAGUGCACUCUGGAGGUUCAGGACUGUAGGCCCGUUUUCCAGGAAGGCGUCUGCUGUCCUGUUCGAUACAACUGUGAUCAUCCCGAAUAUCUGGAAGGGCCUACGACCCCCCAGAUCACUACAACCACUACAACCACCACCACAACAACAGAAGCCCCAACUACCACUCUACAACCCUUCGAGUGCCUCUUCAACGGCGAAAGGUACAACGACGGCGAGCUGGUGCAAAAAGACAUUCCUUGCGUUAAAUGCUACUGUAUACGAGGCGACAUUGUCUGCGCUGUCCAAGAAUGCGGCCCAACUCCUCUGGAUAAGGUGAACUGCACCGCUCAACCAAUCACCGAAGGCCAGUGUUGCCCAGACACUUACGACUGCGCUGGAGUAAUCGAAGAAGAACUCACAACGCUCUCUUCAGUUUCUUACGAAACUGAGCCCACUACAACAUCAGUGGCCCUGGGAGAACUCGAACGCGGUACUGAACAGCCUCUAACCACGGCCAGCAUCCCACAAGAGGAAGCACACCAACCGGCUCAUGACGAAGAGGAAAGCUCUGAAGCGCCGGAAGUCGCCACCAAAGCCCUGCCCGAAGAAGCCACCAGACCUGGCACUCCUGAGUUAAUCGAGGCAGUCACUGCACAACCAGCAGAAGCCCCUAAACCGGCUGAGCAGGCCACAGAACAACCAGAAGAAGAAGCAAGCAGCCCGGCUCCAGCUGAAGACGCUAAAGACGUUCAGGCCACCACUGCAGAACCCGAACAGAUCACAAGAAUUGGAAUAGAAACAACCGAAAAGGAAGCAGUAACCAUUGUCACUGCCAUCACCCCUGAAACCCCGGCGGCGGAAGAAGACAUUGCCAAGCCCACAGAAGGACCUGUUGAAUCAAUCACCGCCCGAGUAACGGAAGCAAUUGAAUCCAUUACUUCCCGAGUUACAGACGCCGUGGAAGCCAUCACCUCUUCCAUUAUGGGCACCAGCACUGAGAAAGCAGGCGAAGAAGCAGCAACCGAGAAAUCAACAGCUGCCGAAGACACAGAAUCACCUGCCCUCCCCACGCGUCCUUCGGAAGGCACUGAAGAACCAGAGUCUGACAAGGCGGGCGUUACACCUGCACAAUCUGACAAGGAACAACCCGAAGAAGUAUCCGAACCUUCAGACAAGGAGCAACCCGAAGAAGCACCUAAACCUUCAGAAGAGGAACCUACAGCAACAACUGAAUCACAGGCGGAAGAAACCACUGAGCCAGUCCAACCUGAAGGAGUACACGAUGAAAAAGAGGAACCAGAAACGGCGGGACCAAGUGAAGCAGAAACUGAAGCGGCCCCAGCAAUUCAACCUGCUGAAGAACCCACAACUGCAGUACCAGAAAGCAAUCCAACUGAACCCAGCGAGUUGCGUCCAGAAGUCACUGAACAACCCAUUAUAUCUGAAAAAUGCACAUCCGAAGAAUGCGCCAGGGUUCCGGCGGAAACACCCACAAGUCCUGCAGUUGAAAAAGCAACCGAACUGCCAGAACAAGCUCCUGAACUUGCUCCAGAAAAAACCGACGUUGGAGCUGAACCAACCGAGAAAGGAAUAUCUGAGAAACCUGAAGAAGAAAUUGCAGGCCCCUCGGAUGAAGUGCCAGAACAACCGAAAGUGCCCAGCGACAGUGAGCAACCCACCACUACUGAAACGGAAGAAGUCAUUAUCGUUACUGAAAUACCCACCAAGAAAACUGAACUGCCCGAAUCGAUGGAUCAUGUAUCAGAAACAGCGUAUUCCACUGAAGGCCCCAAAGAGGCCAUUCAGCCAACCACGGCGACUGAAGCCGGCAAAGUUGAAACAGAAGCCAUCACCACCGGACAACCAGAAACUCGCGUUACUCUUCCGACUGAAGCAAAGCUUGAAAUCCAAACUGAAGCUCCAUCAGUGCCUGAACGAGGAGAAACUCCAACUGAAGGUCCCAUUACUGAAGGAAGCACCCCCUCGCUGGUGGAACGUCUUGGUGAUGAGCAAAAAACACCAGAAAGCGCCACCACAGAACUUCCACGCGAACAAGACAAUGAAAUCGAGCUGGACGAAUCUGAAGUCACGGUCCCGAAAACCGAUGAGCAAGUUACUGAGGUUGCAACGCCAGACAAACCCGAAGAACCUGCCACCACUGCUAGAUCUGAAGAAGCUCAAACGGAGAGUGUUCCCAAAGAGCAACCAACCACUGUUCCAACUAAGGAAGCUGUUACUUCACCUGAAGAACCUUCGACUGCCAAGCUUCCAGAACAAAUUACCGAGAAAGCCAUCGUUCCUGAAGUAUGCACUUCUGAGGCUGAGUGCGCUCCUGGCGCUAUUCCUCCAGCUCCAGAGCCGAUCACUGAGCUGCCAAUUAAACCGGAAGAAGCCACUGGGGAAGUUGAACAGGCUACAACUGAAAGCAACAAAAUCCCUGAACAGCCGACUGAAGAAACCAACGAAAUUCCUGAAAGCGGAACAGAAGGCCUACCCAAAAUUACAGAAGUAUUGCCUGCAUCCCCUGAAACUGAAGAAAGCUCAGGAGAUCAGUCUACAGAAGCCGCACCGGCUAGGGAUGAGGAAGAAGGAUCUGGAGAAGCUCCCGAAGAAGGCAGCGGUGCUACCCAAUCCAUUGCUGAAGCAACAACCGCACAAGCUAUUUCUGCGGAAGUUACCACUGCUAAAGCAGAACCUCCAGCAACUGAGCUUCCACAGCAACCUAUUCCUGCUGAACCUGAAGCGACUGAAUACCCUGUUCAAACCGAAGUUCCUGAAAGGGAAAUUCCUGGCGAGGGCAGUUGUUUGGUUGAUGGCCAAACCUAUAAGAACAACAGUAGCGUACCACCUAUCAACCAUUGCCAAACCUCUUGCAGAUGUGUCAGUUCUAUUUUGCGAUGCGAAUCCAUUGAAUGUCCUCCACCGGCUCCUGGCCUACAGAAUUGCCUACCUAUCUUCAGCAGUCCAGAUAGUUGCUGCCCAACAUACAGUUGCAUUGGAUCUGAAACCACAAGUCCUAUAGAAUCUGACAGCCACACCGUUGAAACAACACCAUCACUAUCUGAAGCAGAAACAACAGCCGUUCCUGCCCUAACAGAAGGACCAAGCGAAGUUGCCACCGCACCUUCUGCUACCAAAGAACAGCCUGAAGUAACAUCUGCCAAGGUUCCUGAACCGCAAGAGGAAGCCACCGAAGUAAUUCCGAUCGUUGCCAAAGCAACUGAACAACCUGAGUCAGUGACCGAGGCAAUAACUGAAGAAGCCCCUAAGGCGACAGAGCCAGAGGAAGCUGAACACGUAACUACUGGAACAUCCAGACCUCAAGAAGAAGAGGUGGAGAAGACUACUGAAGAAGAAGCCGGUGGAGAAGUGUCGGGUUCUACAUCUAAACCAGUGUCUGAUUUGUCUACUGAAGAAGCCCAACCACCGGUCACCGCUCAACCAGCUGAAGAAAUCAGUGUCAGCAAAGCCGAAACACCUUCGGCAGAAAGCGCGACCACAGCGGCUGAAGAAAUCGAAGCAACCACCAAACAAGCAGUUGUCCCAGAACCAGUUGGAACUAUUACAUCCGAGAAACCUGAGCUUGUGACCAAGGCUGCGGCAGAAGAACCUGUAGAAUUGACAACAACUGCCGAAGGUGACAAAGAAAUUGAACCAGUUACCGCAGAAGUGCCUGUGCCUUCUGUUGACGAAGAAACUCGUCCAGGAGUCGCAGAUGAAACUACAGAAGUGGCUACUGAAAGUGGUGUGCCAGCAGUAGACACAGUGACCCCUGAAGUUCCCGAAAAGCCUGAAUUACCAACUGAACCAACUGCAACAGUACUUCCUCAAGUGCCUGAAGUUGCAACCGAAACCGCUUAUGACGAAGUAACUGAACUUGACAGGCAGGAAGAACCUGAGGUAACUACCACAGCCGCAGGAAAAGAAACAACUGAAGAAGCUAAAAUUGCCAAGGGCACGGAACAACCUGAGGGCGAAGAAGCUGUUGCCAGUGUCCAACCAGUGACUUUCCCAGAAGAAGAAGUUUCCAGCCAACCAACCGUUCCAGCAGGUGCAGCUGAGGAGGGCAAACUUCAAACUCCAAGCACUAAAACUCCCGCAGAAAAGGAGGCUGAAGAACCCGAAACACCCGAGGAAGAAGCUCAGACCACUAUUGCGCCAACAGAGGGUGAACUGGAGAUGGAACACGUAACCGUGCCUGGAGAUGUAUAUCCAAGCAAGCCCAUCGAAUCCGAAUCUCACAUGACCAGCCCGCACACAUCGGAAGCUCCAACUGUAGUCCCAGUAGAUGCUUCAACAGAAGCCGCCCAACGUCCGGAAGAAGAUGGAACACAUGUUCUAACCGAAUCAGUUCCUGCAGCUAGUCCAGCACCCGAGGUGGAAAUCACCCGUGGAGAAGAACCCGAAGAAAAACCAGAACUUGCAACAGAAAAACUUCCUAAGGUAGACGAUACAGAAGCGACAACGGGACCAAUUAAAGCAGCCGUACCAGAAGUGACGGAAACCCCUGAAGUUCCAGUCACCAUAAGAACUAUCGAAGGUGAUCGGCCCAUUGACUCUACUGGUGAACCUGAAGCAGCAACAGUAGUAUCAAGAAUCCCUGAACAAGAACCAACUGCACCAGUUGACGUUUCAGAGCAGCAUACGGUCAAACCUGGAGCAGCCGAAGAGGAAGGAUCCACACCAUCUCAUUUGGCUGACCAAUUACCAGGUGAACCAGAGCCCGAAGUGACUGUCAGAAGUGAAACGGAACGAGUGCCUGAAGAAGCAGCAACAGAGGCCCCUGAGGAGGUAACUGUUGCACGUGAGGAGGGCAAGGUAACUAGUGCUCAAGAAGAGACAACAGAACCCGAAAAAACGAUCCAGGAAGUUACAUCUGUGCCCGCAUCAACAGAGGAAACAGAGCCCGGACAGAAAAUAGCUGGUCCCAGCGAAACUGAAAAGCCUAGCGAGUUGGAAGAAGGCACUACAGCUUUGCCAGUGGCUCCAGAAGAAACAGGAGAAACUGAGCGACCAAGUGAGCAAGAGAAGGAAAAUGAAAUAUUCCCCAGUGAAGAAGAAAAGCAAACAAGCAAGCCUGCCCUUGAAGUCCCAGAGGAGGAAGCCAAGUAUCCGGCUGUGGGAACAGAACAGCCUAGUGCCACUGAACUACCAUCCGAAACAGAACAGCCCAGCAUUUCAGAUGAAGACAAAACUCCCAAGCCGGAGCAACCAAGCAUCGUUACUCAGAGACCGGAGGGCGAACUUCCAAUCACUGGCGAAACUGAACAACCCGCACAGGCAACAACACAACUUCCUGAAGAAGGAAUCGUUCCAACUGAACCUCAAGUGGCUGGAAAAGUAUCUACGGAACUUCCAGAAUCAGCUACAAGUGAAUCUGAAAAGGCUGGACCAGCAGCAACAGAUCUGCCUGAGAAAGAAAUCGCCCCAACUGAAUCUGAAAUGGCCGGACAAGUACCUACAGAUCUUCCCGAAGCAGUCACAAGUGCGGCGGGUGAGUCGCAAACAGAAGGACCUGAACAAGGAACCGUUCCAAGCUAUAUUAAAAAGGCUGGACAAGCACCAACAGAGCUUCCGGCCGAGAAACCAGUUCCUAGUGAAACGGAAAAGGCUGAACAAGAACCAACAGAGCUUCCUGGAGAAGGAGCCGUUCCAACUGCAACUGAGGCAGAAGAAGGCGCAGCAACACAAGAGCCAAUUGAUCUGGAAAAGGCUGGAGAAACCCCAACAGAACUUCCGAAAGAAGGACUUAUUCCAGGCGAAACUGAUAAAACUGAAGAAGCUUCAACAGAGAGUUUUAAAGAAGAAACCGUCCCAAGCGAAAGUGAAAAAGAAGGACAAGCUCCAACAGAACUUCCGAAGGAGGGUCUUGCUCCAAGUGACGUUGAGAAGGCCGGAGAAGAACCAACUGAGCUUCCUAAAGAAGGAGCAGUGCCAAGCGCAACUGAGAAAGCUGGACCUUCCCCAACUGAACUUCCUGAAGAAGAAGCAGUUACAGGCAAAACUGAAAAGACUGGAGAACCAACCGAAAUCCCUAAGGAGGGACUUGCCCCAGGCGAAAGUGAGAAGGCUGGACAAGCACCAACUGAGGUUCCUAAAGAGAGACCUGAACCAAGCGAAGCUGAAAAAGAAGGACAAGCACCUACAGAAGCUCCUGAAGAAAGACCUGUUCCAGAGGAAAUUGAAAAGGCUGGUCAAACGCCAACAGAGGUUCCUGAAGAACUUGAACCCGAAAAGCCUGGAGAGGCACAAACAGAGAGUCCUAAAGAAGGAGCAACCCCAAGUGAACCUGAACAGCCUGAGCAAGAACCAACAGAACUUCCUCAAGAGGAACCUGUUACAGGCGAAACUGAAAAGGCUGAAGAGAAACCAACCGAGAUUCCUAAGGAGGGACUCGCUCCAAGCGAAACUGAGAAGGCUGAGCAAGAACCAACAGAAAAGGCUGGACAAGCACCAACUGAACUUUCCAAAGAAGAGCUUCUCCCAAGCGAACCUGAGGCAACUGAAGAAACACCAACAGAUGGUCUUAAAGGAGUCCCAAGCGCGACUGAGAAGGUUGAACCAACAUCAACAGAGGGUCCUGAAGAGAGACCUGUACCAAGCGGAACUGAAACGACUGGACAAGAACCCACAGAACUUCCUGAAGAGAGACCAGUCUCAAGUGGAACUGAAAAGGCUGGACAAGAACCAACAGAAAUUCCUGAAGAAGGAGCCGUUCCAAGUGCCACUGAGGCAGCUGGACCAUCAGCUACAGAACUUCCUGAAGAGCGACCAAGUGAAACUGAAAGGGCCGGUCAAGAACCAACGGAGCGUCCUGAACCAAGCGAAACUGAAAAAGAUGAACAAGCUCCAACAGAACUUCCGAAGGAGGGUCUUGCUCCAAGUGACGUUGAGAAGGCCGGAGAAGGACCAAGUGAGCCUCCUAAAGAAGGAGCAGUGCCAAGCGCAACUGAGAAAGCUGGACCUUCCCCAGCCGAACUUCCUGAAGGAGAAGCAGUUACAGGCGAAACUGAAAAAGCUGGGCAAGAACCAACAGAGCUUCCUAAGGAGGGACUUGCUCCAAGUGAAGUUGAGAAGGCCGAACAAGCACCAACAAUUGUUCCUAAGGAGGGAGCUAUCCCAAGUCAAACUGAAAAGGCUGUACCAGCACCAACAGAACGUCCUGAAGAGGAACCCGUUACAGGGGAAACUGAAAAGGCUGGAGAAGAACCAACAGAAAUUCCUAAGGAAGGACUUGCGCCAAGCGAAGCUGAAAAAGCCGGACAAGCACCAACAGAUCUGCCCAAAGAAGGACCCGCGGUUCCAAGUGGAACUGAGAAAGCUGGAACAUCGCCUACAGAACUUCCAGAAGAAGAACCUGUUACAACCGAAUCUGAAAAAGCUCAGCCAGAAUCAACGGAACUUCCUAAGGAAGGUCUUGCUCCAACUGACUUUGAGAAAACCGGAGAAGUAUCAACAGAUACUCCUAAAGAAGGACUUGUUCCAAGCGAAGGCGAGAAGACCGAGCAAGUGCCAACCGAGCUGCCUAAAGAAGGAACCAUCCCAAGCCAAACUGAGAAGGUUGGACAAGAACCAACAGAACUUCCUGAAGCUGUUACAAGUGAACCGGGCAAACCCGUGGAAGGUCCAGCAGAGCUUCCCGAGGAGGGAACUGUGCCAAGCGAAACUGAAAAGUCCAUACAAGCAGCCACAGAGCGUCCUGAAGAAGUUGUGCCAAUUGAAACUGAAAAAUCCGAGCAAGCACCUACAGAGGUUCCCGAACAGGCAAUUGUGCCUACGGGAUCUGAGUCGGCUGGACACGUUCCUACAGAGCUUCCCGAAUCAAUUACCGGCAAACCUGAAAGAGCUGGAGAACGACCUACAGAGCUCCCUAAAGCCGAAAUCGAGCCAAGCCAAACUGAAAAAGCUGAGCCAGCAGCAACAGAGCAUCCUGAACAAGGACCAGCCAAAAGUGGAACUGAAAAAGUUGAGCAAGCACCAACCGAGUUUCCCGAAGAGACAGCCACUACUGCGACUGAAAAGUCUGAACAAGUGCCCAAGAAACCGGGUGUCGAGGACGAAGUCCAAACAACUGUUACAGAAGCGCCAUAUUCGGCAGAAACGAGAAAGCCCGAUGAAGCCCCGGCAGCUCCAGAAGCGCCAAUUGUGUUCCCCGAAGAGAAGCCUUUCGAAGAAGUCGUUACAACGGCUCUGCCUGAAGAAAUUGCGAAUAUAUCGCUACCGGUUAGAGGAGGUGGGCUGUUCACCUCAGGGCCCCAAGUCGAAGACACAACCAAGCAACACGUUCCUGGGGAAAUGUCCACUUCAGGUCUUGUCUCUGAACCGACUACAAUCUUGCCAGCAACAACCAGCACGGAAACCCAACCAGCCAGCAUACCCGGCGAAGAAAUUCCCGACCAGAGCGAGUAUGAACAAGGUGAAGAUUACGACGACGGAUCAAAUACCUUCGGGCCCGGCACUUGCAGAUACGGCGGAAAGGUCUAUGUAUCGGCUCAACAGAUACCCAGGGACGAUCCUUGCGAUUUCUGCUUUUGCUUUAGAAGCGACAUUAUCUGUCUUCAGCAAAGCUGUCCACCUCCGAUACCGCGCUGCCAUGAAGAGCCCAUUCGCGGAUUCUGCUGUCCUCGUUAUGAAUGCCCGGUUUCGAUGGCCACUGCUGUUAACGUAACCACCAGCACCACAACCACCACCACCACCUUGCCACCGCACUUUUUGUCGCACGCUUACAAAGGAAGAGCCUCGAAGACCGGCUGCCAGAUAUCCGGAAAAGCUUACAAAGUAGGGGAUGUGAUCAGAUCGACUAGCGGACCCUGCCUUCAUUGCACAUGCGGUGGAGAUGGACAAAUGAAAUGCGAUCCAAAACCUUGUAGUCCAGAACCAAUGCUUCGACAGAUGAUCGCGGCCGCAGCCCUGCGAAGGAGAAGAUGAGAAGCUUAAACUGAAACCGUGUAAAUUAGUGACAUAAACUGCACAACGGUGCAAAGUGAUAAAAAGACGAUUUAUAUUAAUUGACGAAUAUAGUCCAGCACUAUAUGACGCAUUCUGGGGUGCCAAAAAAAAUGGGACGAUUAGGUAUAGUGUGCCUUCUACAUAAAAAAAAAUAAUAAUAACAUCGCCUGUGCAAGAGAUGGUUUUCUAGUCAAUUAGUUAACUGAUUACCUUGAAAGGCUAGGCGGGCAUCUUUUGUGACCACAGGAAAAUUUCGGGGAAUUGUCGUUGAAUCUUGAGAAAUUUACCCUCUUCGUUUGGUCAGUUGUACUUAAUACAGGGCAGCCCAGUUAAAACUGUAUCAUGUACAUUGAAAUUGGGAUGCUUUGUAUAUAAUUGUACAGUUUAAAUAGACUUAGUUGUAAGUAGUAGCAGAACUCUUUCUACUAUCUUGAUUGCUUCAAAUCAAACAUUUUAAAGGGACAAUCGGUGCCUCGUCGUUUUCCUAUUAAACACGCACAAUGGGUUUCAAUCAAGGGUAGGUUUCUUCCAAAAUGCAUCUUCCCCUCUAAAAUAAGCACGAUAUUUCGUAAAACAAUCGAUUUUAAUUCGGGUGAUCGCAGUCAUCUUGACUAUACUCAAUAAAUAUACAUUAUGACUCGACUGAGUAAAUUUUUACACUUUUGUAAAUUUAUAUUUAGAACCUUUUCGAGUGUCGUAGGCGGAUCAAAUAAUAUAAUUCACGGGAUAGUAGUACAUUUAUUGUUUUAAACUUGGGAUUUUCGGGGAUCUAGCCAAAAACUAGAUCCCCUUGAAACGACCAUCAUCAGUGUUGCGUAUCCUGACACACGUCCGAGUUGUUUGACCGGUAGAAACCCUUUGAUAAUAAUUGGCAGUCAAUUAUUUAUCAAAUCCUAGCAUUUAAGUAAUUAUUGUAGCUAUUUCUGCUGCUUGAACGCUCGGACUGUUUCUUGUAUAUUACUGGAUGCUCAAUAUAUAUCAAUAAGUAGAAUAUGUAAUAUUUAUCGAUAAUAAAUUAUGUAAAUGA